AUGAACACUUUGCUGGAUCAAAGAAACAAUGAUGAUAAUGACGACGGUAAUCGCAAUAACAGUUCAACUUUAACUCCCAAUGAAUAUGAAACAUAUCGUUCUACGUUAACCUCGUAUCCAAAGACUUUACUAGGUACCAUGUUUGCUGAUAGAAACAGAUGUUUAUUGCGUCCAAUCAAUGAUAAUGAAUAUUUCAUUGAUCGUAAUGGUUAUGUUUUUUAUUAUAUAAUUGAAUUUUAUCGUACCGGCAAAAUAUUCUGGAAAGAACAUAACAGCAAUCAUUUAAGACUAUUACAACAAAAUAAACACAAGGAUAUUAAUAAUAGUGGUGCAACAACACCAAUUAUUCCUGAUGCAAAAUUAAUAACAAGAGAAGAAUUAGAAGAAGAAUUACAUUAUUUUCAAAUACCGUUAUCAUGCAUUUGGACAUCGUUAAAACAAAGAGCAAUUUCUUACAAGAUUGAUUUAUUUGUCGAGGCAUUGAGAGACGUUUAUUUCGAGAUAUUAAGUGAAUUCGAAACAAAAGUAGAAAUAAAAUUUAGGCGUAAUAAACUUCGACCACACAUAGAAACAUUUAGCAAUGAUUCUUCCGAUCUAAUUUGCAAAUUAAUACUAAAUAUCAUAAAUCCAUUUGAAAGUUGCGGUUAUACUUUACUAGACAAAUUUGGUACGGAAAUUGGUUGUUAUUUAAAAAACACUAUUCCUGAUCUACAUUGGGAAUUAAGUCAUGUUGACAAUUUUAAUUGGUAUUGCGUUAAAAUGUUUUCUACUGAAAGUUUCAAUUAUGAAUCUAUUUUACAAAAUUCUUGUCUUGGAAAUAAUAAUAUUCAUCAUCGUAUAAUUGAUGAUUAA